CCGGCGGAGGUUAUGAUGGUGCAUUGUGCGGGCUGCGAGAGGCCGAUUUUGGACCGGUUCCUACUGAACGUCUUGGACAGAGCAUGGCACAUCAAAUGCGUCCAGUGCUGCGAGUGCAAGUGCAACCUGACCGAGAAAUGCUUCUCCAGGGAAGGGAAACUCUACUGCAAAAAUGACUUUUUCAGGAGGUUUGGUACCAAAUGCGCCGGCUGCUCCCAAGGGAUCUCCCCCAGCGACCUCGUCCGGAAAGCCCGGAAUAAAGUCUUUCACCUGAACUGUUUCACCUGCAUGGUCUGCAACAAGCAGCUCUCCACGGGCGAGGAACUCUAUAUCAUCGACGAGAACAAAUUUGUUUGCAAAGAGGAUUAUUUGAACUCUCCCAGUUUGAAGGAAGGCAGCCUCAACUCAGUGUCCUCAUGUACAGACAGGAGUUUGUCCCCGGAUCUCCAGGACCCCAUGCAGGACGACACCAAGGAGACGGACAACUCGACCUCCUCGGACAAGGAGACCACCAACAACGAGAACGAGGAGCAGAACUCGGGCACCAAGCGGAGGGGGCCCCGCACCACCAUUAAAGCCAAGCAGCUGGAGACCCUCAAAGCUGCCUUCGCCGCCACCCCCAAACCCACCCGCCACAUCCGAGAGCAGCUGGCCCAGGAGACCGGCCUCAACAUGAGAGUCAUCCAGGUCUGGUUCCAGAACCGUCGGUCGAAGGAGCGGCGGAUGAAGCAGCUGAGCGCGCUGGGCGCCCGCCGACACGCCUUCUUCCGCAGCCCCCGCAGGAUGCGGCCCCUCGGCGGCCGCCUCGACGAGUCCGAGAUGCUCGGCUCGACCCCCUACACGUACUACGGAGAUUACCAAGGUGACUACUACGGACCGGGAGGCAACUAUGACUUUUUCCCCCACGGGCCGCCCUCCCAAGCCCAGUCCCCGGCCGACUCCAGCUACCUUCAGAACUCAGGACCCGGCUCCACACCCCUGGGACCCUUGGAGCCCCCCCUAAGCGGACACCACUCCUCAGAAAACCAAAGGUACACGGAUAUGAUCUCGCAUCCCGACACCCCCAGCCCCGAGCCGGGGAUGACCGGCUCGCUGCACCCCAUCCCGGGGGAGGUCUUCAGCGGGGGGCCCAGCCCCCCCUUCUCCAUGUCCAGCAAUAGCGGCUACAGCGGGGCUCUGUCGCACCCGAACCCGGAGCUCAGCGAGGCGGCGGUGUGGUAGGCCUGGCGUGGGCACGCGUGUGUGUGUGCAGGGGGAAAACGCCCCCUUCGUCCCCCCGGCCCACGCGUGUCCCCCCUCCCCUCACCCCGCACCAGGGCGCAUCACGUCACCACCGUCGGAUAAAGAGCCCCCUCCCGUGCCAAAACGCGUCCCUGCAUCCCCCCGCCACCCUCCCCACCACUGCACCCCCCCGGGACCUUGGGGCCACCCCGCUACCUCCCCCCUCCCGGCACCUUCCCCCCAAUACUUGGGGGGGGGGGAGCAAUGAAUGGUGCCCAGCCCUGAAGACCCCCGCCGGUGUCGGGACCACCUCUUGGACCAAAGCUGAACUCGCCUGGACACAGGUCCCACCGCCCCGGUGGCACCAGGGGAGGAGGGGCUGGGGCAGGGCUCCCCCCUGCUAAUUAGCAUCCUUUUUAAUUAUCCCCUGCCACGUCGUGGGAGGGGGGGAAUGGGGAACAGCAGGAAUAACCCCCGCGGCCCCUCUCCCUGCCCUUAUUUUUAUUGUUCCCAUUUUAUCCCCAAGGAGAAGGUGGGUUUGGACACGGUUUUUGGUGAUGGGGAGAAGGGGGGUGGUGGGGGGGCCAGGCCCAGGGCUGCCCCAGUGACUGGCUGAGAUUGGGCUCCCACCUGGUGGAAAAGACACCAGAAAGAGGCAGAAACAGGAAAAACACAACAACAAGAAACCAAUAAACCCCAGAACUAAACCAACUCAACCACAACAGCAGAAAUUACACCCGAGCCUCGAUGCCGAGUCCCACCCCAACAAUUCCCAGAGGCUCCGACAAUUUAAGGAUGUAUUAUAGUUUUUGCUUCUAGUUUCUUUAUUUUGUAUAAAGGAGAAACAAAUAAAGUAUGUUUUUGUGUUUACUGAUUAUUUAUUGUACUUUAGUCAUCGGAGGCUCCGAAUUUUUCUAUUUUGAAGGCAGGGAGGGGGUGGCACCGGGGAGGGGGGUGAGAGGAUAGAGAGGGGGCGAUAAAAAAAGGAAGGAGAAUGGAAAAGGAAAGGAAAAAAAGUUGUUUUCUGAAAGCGUCGUGGGUUUCCUGUCCCCGCUGCCUCUUGCAGAGGCUGUUAGUGUGAAUGGCUCUUGUUGUUCAAUGUGAAUAAAAAACCUUUUAGUUACCUACUGUUCGGUCACCUGUCCCUUUCAUUUUAUUUUAUUUUGUUUUAUUUUUAAGACAAGACCACGAGCGCUGCUGGCAGGGCUGCCCUGCUCCACCACUGCCCCCCAGCCCUG